AUGGCGAACGAGCUUGUCAUCUAUACGUGCUUAGCAUUAGCCACGAUCGCAUGCGUGAGACUGGUUUACACUUAUGCCUACAAUGUCUACCUCCAUCCGCUUCGCGAGGUGCCAGGUCCGUUUUGGGCGAAGGUCAUAACCAACUAUAUAUCCCAUGGAAGUGGUUGCAGGGCUCAGAACCUCCUUCGACUACACAAGGCAUUCGGCUACUACGUGCGCAUCGGGCCCAACGAAGUGUCAAUCGCAGAUCCCGACCUAUAUCGGACUAUCUACAGCCAAACCACAAGUAUCAAGCCAGAUACUUUCUACCAGGCCGCGAAAAUGAACCAUGAGCACAUUUUCAGUCUGAGCAUCGAGAAUGCCAACAAUUACCUAGCUGGACCUUUCGUGUAUGGGAAGGACAACUAUCUCGGGAGGGGUCUCACCAAUGACGAAGCGCUGGAAGAAGCAAUGGGCUUGGCCUUCGCUGGUAGUGGUACCACAGCCACGACCAUUCUGUACAUCAUUUACCAGCUGUCACAUUCCGAGAAUAGAGGCAUCCAACUGAAGUUACGACAAGAGCUACAACGAGCACCAUUACGACUGAUUGAGCUUCGAAACCUUGUCUACUUGAAUGCCAUCAUCAAUGAAGGCAUGCGGUUGCACCCGGCCAUCGUGGGAAGCUUGCCUCGAACAUUGUUGGAGAGUCUGGAAAUCACGUUGGGUACUGGUCUUCGUGUCAUCUUGCCCCCGGGUACGACGGUGUGUAUGCAGAAUUACGUACACCAGCAGGAUGCAUUGGCAUAUCCUGAUCCGGAUGAGUUUCGUCCAGAGCGAUGGCUGGAGCAACCAUCCUCAAGCAAGGCCUCGCAAGCGUUUACUCCUUUCAGCACUGGAUCAAGAAACUGUAUCGGACAGAGCCUUGCUAAAGCGGAGAUUUUACUAGCUGUGGGAUGCAUAUUUCGCCAGUUGGACUUCCAGCUUUCUGGAGAGACCACUCCAGGCGACAUGGAGAUGUUAGAUUUAUUUGCAGCUGACAUUUCGGGCAAGAAGUUGGUCGUUGAGGUGACCAAACCUGGGAUUGAAACGGCAUCUGGCAACGCCAAGGUAGAAUUUCCAUAG